ACAACAUCUGGACAGAACACAGUUUACUGGAACCUACAACAUCUGAACAGAACACAGUUCUACUGGAACCUACAACAUUUGGACAUAACAGUUCUACUGGAACCUGCAACAUCUGGACAGAACAGAGUUUCUUCUGAAACCUACAACAUCUGGACAGAACACUAGAACUUACAACAUCUGGACAAACUGGUUAUACUGGAACCUACAACAUCUGGACAGAACACUGUUCUACUGGAACCUACAACAUCUGGACAGAACACUGUUCUACUGGAACCUACAACAAGGAACAUACAAGAGAACACCCAGAGAAACUCAGAUACUACUCCACAGUACAGUCAUCCAGAUGUGAGUUCAGGAGGAAUGUACGGUGGCUGUCACUGAUGGAGAACCUAGAUGGUCUGACAUCAGUCCAGGUCCUAGUGUGAGCAUCUGUCUGAGGAGGAGAUGGGGGGCAGGGUGUGUCGGGAGGAGGUGAAGGAGGAGCAGAGGAGGAGCAUGGGGAAGGAGGAGAGUCUGACGUCAGCCGACAGAAUUCGAAGAUUCACCGUCAGACAGUUUGGGUACAACGUUCUGAGCCUGGCUCGCCGUGGACUGAAGGAGGUCCCAGAAGAACUGUGGGAGCUGCUGGAGCUAGAGAAGCUGAAUCUGUCCCUCAACGGUCUGAAGGUUCUGCCUUCGCAAUUAGCCCACCUCUCCAACUUGGUGGUCCUCAACUUGUGGGGUAACCAGCUGGGCAGCCUGCCGGCAGAAAUCGGACAGCUCAAGAGACUUCGAGUUUUAUUCGCCUACAGAAACAUGCUGACUGAAGUUCCCGAGGAGCUCGGGGACUGCACACAGCUGGAGGUGCUGAGUUUGGCCAACAACCAGAUGUCUUCUCUGCCGACUUCUCUCUCCAACCUGACCAGACUGAAGAAGCUCAACCUCAGUAACAACCUCAUCACUCACAUCCCCACCUGUGUCUACAGCCUGAAGACUCUGGUUUUUCUGGAUCUUUCUUGUAACCUCCUGGAGAACCUGGCUGAAAAUAUCCAGGCUCUGGUGGAACUAAAGAUCCUGAUCCUGGAAGGAAACAGCCUCCACUCACUGCCCAAAGCCCUCUGCUUCCUUACCAGGUAACCAGGAAUACAGGUAAACACUUAAACAGGUAACAAUAUACACAAGUAAACACGUG